UGCCCAUGCCCCUCACUCCCGACCUGCAGCCCCCUGCUAUUCCAGCCCUGGCCUCCCUGCGUAGCUUUACCUGUGGCCUCACUCCUGACACUCUAGCACUGUGGACAAUAGAUUUAUCCUUGCCCCCCGCCAGUGAGGGUUACCCCUAUUUCACAGAUGGGGAAACUGAGGCAUGGGGCAGGCGUGACUUGCCUGCGUUUCUGUGCCUGCUUUGAAUGCAAGUCUCACCAGCGGAGUGCUGGGCUCCUGCUGCAGAUGGAGCUUCAGGGCCAGCCAUCAGCACCCACAUGUCUCUGCCGAUGCCCCUCAACUCCAGCCCUCAGCCCCCUGCAGUCCCAGCGCUGCAGACCACACACAAGAGAGGGAAGGUGCUUCCUGGCUGAACAGGGAGUCGGGCUGACCCUGCUGGACAGGUUUCAGUGCCCCACCCUGGGGCCCCUGAGCUCUCCUACCUGGAGGCUGCCGUUAGCGGAACCCCCAAGAUACAGGGGUGUGGGCGGUUCCCAGCCGAUUGGCUGCUGCUAGGCAACAGCCUCAGCUGCAGGGAAACAAGGGGCUAGGAGAAGAUGCUGCAGAGGUGGCCUUAGGGAGCAGCAGUGCAGGGAGGAGCCUGUAGCUGCAGGGCAGGUUGUCCCAUUGCUGCUGGGAGACGGGUGAGGCCUUGCUCCAGUUUGAUCUGGCCAAUCCUUCGUGGGAGCCGUGAGCUGGGUGGAUGUUGGAUGUGAUGAGUCUGGAAGGCUCAGCAGCCCCUGUUCCCAGGCUCACUCUGACUCAGUAUCCACAGCAUGGGCUGGGGUGGCACGGCCACCAACGGCUUGUGCACAGUCUUGUGGGCUGGAAAGGAGGGAAGCCUGAGAACCGCUGAACUGGCAGCGGAGUCACUGAGACGUGUCACCCUGAGACCUCCCCACCCCUUCUUCCCGGCUCAGUGACUUGCUUCUCCAGGCCCAGCCCCCUCUUUUAUAGCUUCCACAUUUCGGGGGGGGGCACCGCUUGGGAACCAGCCUGGCUCCUGAAGCAGUGAGAAGCUACCGAGCAAAGGUCCUUGCUGGCCCCAGCCCGGGGCACCCUGUGACGUGAGCCCAGUGCCAAGGAGCCAUGGCGGGAGGAGGGGCCCAACUGUCUCAUUGCGGCCGAACGAGACCCCACGGCCGGAGCCAAAGCUGGACAAUUCAGACUGGAAAGAAAAGGCAGAUUUUGAACCGGGGGUGGGGGGGAAUUAGCCAUUGGAGCAGCUGCCCCACAGGGCCAGGGCAGAUUCUCCAUCAUGUGCCCGCUGUCAGUCAAAACAGGACGUCCUUCCAAAUCUAGCACAGCCAGACGUGAGGGGCUUGAUGCAGGCAUUGCGGGGUGAGUUUCUAGGCUUGCACGCCAGAGGGGGUCAGUGGGGGCAUGGGCCAGUGCCCAGAGCAGGAGACUCGCGUGCUGCAGACUGGGGUUCUAGAACCCACGCAGCAACUGGCCUGGCACUGCUCUGCCUCAGUUUCCCCAGCUAGUUAAUGAGAUUGGCCUCAUUUUGAGGAGCGCUUCGCAACCUACAACAGAGGAAGCUACAUAAGAGUGAGAUAUUGUUCUCAAUUGUCCCAUCUGGCUUUAAAGCCUAGCAGCCGCCUUGAUGGUGCUUUACUCCCGCUCUAGGGGGAAAGCGAGUCCCUCGCUGCUUUUUACUGCGGUUGCGCAUUCGGUGGUGGGUUAACACAUGACGUACCAACGUUCUGAGCCUAUUACAGACAUGAGCAGCUCGUGUGAUCCGUGUUCACAGCUUCCUAGAUCCCCAGGCCAGAAAGGACCAUUGCGAUCUUCUGGUCUGACCUCCUGGAGAACACAGACCUUGGGGAUUCCCUCCAUCCGUUCAGACCUGAAACAAACACCCACCCUGAUCUAAAAACUGCCAGUGCUUUCAGUCCACUGGGACUCGGGGGAAGCUGGUCCAAUUCCUUGUAAAUUGGAAGCUGCAUACAAGGUGCUGGAAGAUGGGCUGCUUCUCAUUCCUGAAGCUGAUGAUGUUUGUGUUCAACGGCGUUAUAUUUCUGAGCGGGUUGGCCGUGCUGGGCAUUGGCAUCUGGGUGAAGGUGGAUGGAGGCUCCUUCGUGCAGAUCCUGGGGGCUGCCGCGCCCCAGCUGAUGCAGCUGAUCAACGUGGGGUACCUGUGCAUCACUGUCGGCACCUUCCUGCUGCUUAUGGGCUUCCUGGGCUGCUGCGGGGCCAUGAAGGAGAGCAAGUGCAUGCUGCUGCUGUUCUUUGUCAUUAUCCUGAUUCUCUUCAUCGCUGAGGUUGCAGGGGCUGUCGUAGUCCUCGCUUUCUCUUCCGUGGCUGAUAUAUUCAUUGAGCACCUGAAAAACUGGGCUGUGAAAACCUUACGAGAGGAUUACGGGAGGCAGGAUGAUGUGACUGCAAUCUGGGACACAACCAUGAAGGAGCUGAAGUGCUGUGGCUUCAACAACUACAAGGAUUUCAACAGCUCCUACUUCUACCAAACUCACAGCCAGACUUAUCCCACGGGCUGCUGCCUGCCGCCCAAGCAUGAAUGCCUGGAAUCUGAACUGGACAGCACCAAGCAGGGUUGCUUGCAUGAGUUCCAGACUUUCCUGAGCAGGAAUGGGAAGAUUGUUGGAGGGGUGGCGUUAGGAAUCGGUGUGCUUGAGCUGGCAGCAAUGGCCGUUUCCCUGGUUCUGUAUUGUCAGAUCGGGACGAAUGCCUGAAAAACAAGAUUUCCACCAGAAACACAAAACGUCUCUCCUGCCGUCCAUAACGCCUCCUGCCUUUGCAUCUUCCUGGUGUUCACUGCGAGAGAAACCUAACUUUUCUUAUUCAUAACUAAUCACUAAUAUUUCCUGUUAAUCUGUAAUAGCACUGAGCAAUCAGACGGAUACGAUGCCAAUGAGACUACAGUGAAAAUUGGGAUGGUAUCUUUUCCAUGCUAUUUUUUGUGUAUGUUUCAAUGGUAAAUUAGAUCUGAUUUGUUUUUCUUGUGUGCUCAACAAGAAAUUAGCUUAAAGGUGGCAGUCUAAACAUCUAAAAGCAGAGAAUGAAACCAACAUGCCCCCACCACGUGUUAUUGUAGACCCUACCCAAAACACGCACUGACUGAGGAUCACUUCUGUAGCUCUUACAUUACUUCCUUUCAUUUGUCACAUGCUUUGAGCAGUGACACAGUGAGCCAUGUUGACGUUUUAACGUACUGUCAUUGCAUCUGAGUUGCAAUGAAAAGGGCAGGUCACCCCUUUCAGAGUGACUGAUUCAGGCUCUCUGCAAACUCAGGCAGAUGUCACUGCAUUGGUUACUUCACAUUUUGAAGGUUUUAAUUGCAGCCAUAACAGCUAGAGACUGGCUCCCUCCCUGCUUCUUUUAAUGAAAACAGAGACUUGGGGGAAUAAUUAUUAAUUCCAUUCAUCCCUCUAUACUCACUACAGCUUUAAACAUGCCCGACAAUCUGAGAAAUACUUCAACGAUGCACUUUUACUGAUGUAGCACAUCAUAAACUUGAAUUCUAAUGAAAUAUUUCAUGUCCCUUUUUCCUCCCCCCUUGUGUGUGUUUGGAAAAGAUCAAGUCAACAAUUUGUCACUGGUUUUCUGCACCCGACAAUGUUUUUUCUGCCAAUGUCUUGUAUUUGUAUAAAUUAAAUAUCCAUGAUCUUUC